AUGAUUCAUUAGAAUGCUAUUAAAAUAUAAAAGAUUAAACAUAAUUGUUUUAUACUUGUGAUUCUUAGUAUUAAAUAAAUGAAAAAAGAUUAAAAUAGUAUCGUAAAGGAUAAGUGGAGACUUUCUUAUCACAUGUGA